AUGACAAACUUUGAGACUUUAUUGAGACACAAGAAUCUAGUGAUAUGUUUGGCAUCAAUGGCCUGUUAUUGGGUGUCACUGUUGGCUGAGUUUGUCUUCGACGACACCGAAGCCAUCCUCAACAACAAGGAUGUGAUGAGUGACACAACUGUCAGUGAAGUGUUUGUCAAUGACUUCUGGGGCACGAAAAUGGCACACAAUUCCAGUCACAAGUCCUUCCGACCCCUCACUGUCCUCACCUUCCGAUUGAUUAGACAUUUGAAUGAAUUAAUUCAUACAACAACUGAUCCCAUGACUGAGAGUCAACUGAACCCCUAUUUAUAUCACUUAUCAAACCUUAUUUUCUAUGCAAUGAACAAUUGCUUUCUGUUUGAUGUGUUAAACAAACUUUUAAACACUUUCUGCGCUCACAAACAAAGUAUGGAUCAAACACCAGUUUUAGACACUAACCAAAGAUCUGCAUUUCUCACCACUAUUUUAUUCACUUGUCAUCCCAUCCAUUCAGAAAGUGUAAGAUAUUCACCAUUCAGUCAUUCAAUGUCUUCGGUAGUCAUUGUCUCCUAUCAUAUGUCUGUGUCUCAGGUGUGCGCUUGUGUUGGUUUGGCUGAUCUCAUGUCAUCAUUGGUGGCAUUGACUUCGCUUUUGGUUUACAUUCAAUUCACGAAUAGUUUAACAAUUGCAAUGCUUUUGAAGGAGCAAGGAAUCACAUUAAUAGGUUUAUGUGUAAUACUGGACAUAAUUCUGUUAUUUGACCGCAAAUGCCAUAUUGACUACAAAUUGCUAUUAUAUCGCACAAUAUUCUUGAGUUUAGGCACUUUUGUAUUACUUGUAUCGAGAAUAGUAAUAAUGGACUUUAAAGGACCUCAUUUCCAAAGAGGAGACAAUCCGUCAUCAUUUCAAGAAUCACUAUAUUUACGAAUUAUUAAUUUUAAUUAUAUUUAUGCCAUAAAUGCGUGGAUUCUGUUAUACCCGGAUUGGUUAUGCUUUGACUGGUCCAUGACAUGCAUACCUCUCAUUCAAAGUUUGCUUGAUUUGCGAAUUAUAUUUAUUGCCAUUCUUUGGAUUACUUUACUUCUGGUGUUGAAGUCAUCUGUUUGUCACAACAAUUGCAAUAUUCGCCGUCAAUUGCAAAUAUCAAUAGCAUUUGGUUGCGUGUCAUUCGUGCCAUCUUCUAAUAUAUUCUUCAGCGUUGGGUUUGUUGUGGCAGAAAGAGCUCUAUUCCUCCCCAGCAUUGGAUAUCUUCUGCUCAUAAUAAGUGGAUUUCAGUUAUUAGAGAAGCGAUUCGUUUCAUAUUCCAGGCGCAACUUUGAUUGGAUUAAUGAGAAGAGACUCUUUGAAUCAGGUCUAGACGUCUGUCCGUUGAAUGCAAAAGUUCACUAUAAUAUCGCCAAAAAUGCGGCCGAUUUUGGCUUUAAAGACAAAGCUAUCAAUGAAUAUAGAGAAGCGAUUCAGAAGCGAUUCGUUUCAUAUUCCAGGCGCAACUUUGAUUGGAUUAAUGAGAAGAGACUCUUUGAAUCAGGUCUAGACGUCUGUCCGUUGAAUGCAAAAGUUCACUAUAAUAUCGCCAAAAAUGCGGCCGAUUUUGGCUUUAAAGACAAAGCUAUCAAUGAAUAUAGAGAAGCGAUUCGUUUGAACCCAGACUAUGAACACGCGUUCAAUAACUUAGGAAAUCUUCUCAAAGAUUCCGGAAAUUUAGAAGAAUCCAAACAAUUACUUAUAAGUGCUGUAAAAAUACGGCCCACAUUUGCCGCUGCCUGGAUGAAUCUUGGAAUAGUGGAAAUGGCACUCAAACAGUAUAAGGAGGCAGAGAUUAGUUACUUGAAUGCCAUUAAACAUAGGACUCGAUACGCCGAUUGCUAUUAUAAUUUAGGAAAUUUGUAUGUGAAACAGAAACGCUUUGACGACGCGUAUAGAGUGUGGAGAAAUGCCACACAACUGAAGCCUAAACUGUUGUCUGCAUUUAAUAAUCUUAUCCUAAUGUUAGACAACACCGGACGCUAUGAAAGCGCUUAUUUGAUAGCAUUAGAAGCACUUGAAUACCAUUCAAACGAGAGUUCAUUACAUUUUAAUGUUGCUAAUGUUUUGGGCAAAAUGGGAAAGUUUAAUGAAUCGGAAAUACACUUUGAAAAAGCUAUCGCUUUGAGCCCUCAAAAAGCCAACUAUUUUGCAAAUUUAGGAGUUCUUUAUCAUCGGUGGAAAGACUAUCCAAAAGCAUUAAACAAAUAA